CGUCACAUCAUGGCGCCGACAGAGGACCACAAAGCUAAAGUUGAACAGGCAUGCCAGGCCGCAGAAGAGUUCUCUAAACUCUACUAUGAACACUUUGACAAGAAAAGACAUGGUUGAAUCUACUUAGGAGGGAUGGAAGACAGAAUUGAGGCACUGACUCCAUCUGGCGUCCCCACACAGUAUUAAAGAAGUUGUUAUCCAUAAUAUUGUGUCUAUCUUGGCAACUGUUGUCUUGGAAACACCAGUGGUUGUCCACCGAUCCAAAAUGGACAAUUCCCUAAAAUUCUAUAGAGCACUGAUCGAAAAUGACAUGAACAUGGUAGAACAUUUGGUGAAAAAUCAAGACGUGCACAUUGAUAUGAUUUUCAUGGAUGGUUUUACCUACGUUCAGCCCACAUUCCAAGGUUGGGGAGCAUUGCAUAUAGUGACCAGACGAGGACUGUCAGACUCGCUUGAAUUACUCGUCUCAUUAGGGGCUGAUGUUUUCCUUAGCAACAAAGAUGGUGACACAGCUCUUCACAUCGCUAGCAGAUACGGCCAUGUGCAGUGUGUGGAGUUUCUGCUGGAAUGUGACAUUAGACUAAAAGAUUAUGUGAAUAAUCAAGGCCUAACACCACUAAUCAGGGCUGUUUUCAAAUUUGAGCAUGCAUUCAAAGGUCAAUACAGGAAGACGGUGAAAGCGCUUCUUACUGCGGGAUGUGACACAAAUAUCUGUUCAUUGUCAAAAGUCACACCUCUCCAUCUUGCUGCUGGACGUGGGGAUGCCUACUUGUCGAAGAUGUUGAUUGACGGAGGAGCAGAUGUCAACGCUAUCUGCAGCCAAGGUUCUAGUCCUCUCCUCAAGGCCCUGUACGCUUUACGUGUGAAUUUAGAGUGCGUCAAAGUCCUCCUUCAAGCAAAAGCAGACGUCAACAUUGCUACCAUAUCUGGCCGCACCGUUCUUCACUUAGCCAUUUCAAAAUGUGAUGAAGAAUGCGUUGAAGCGAUUCUCAAAGCGGGAGCUGACCCAAAUGCUCAAGAUAAUUAUGGCAAGACUCCCCUAUGGAUUGCAGUGCAGGAAAACAACAUCAGGUUUGUCCCAAUUGUUGCUCAAUACGGAGGACACAUCGACUACAGCCUUGCUCCUCAGAAUCUGUCACUUCUGUCUCUCGCCAUAACUUGCCAGUCAACAAACAUGGUAAAGCUUCUCCUUGACCUUGGGGCUUCGGUUGACACAGAAACCAUCAUGCAGGCGUCUCCUUUGUCCCUUGGCAUAGAAACUCUCAACAUUCCUAUCAUUAAAGCUUUAUUACGUCGCAACUGUCGUCUUAAUGUGGUUGGAAAUGCUCGCCAUACUCUUAUUCCACAGUCGCCAAUACAGAUUGCAUUUGAACUUGGUAACCUUGAAAUCAUCCGUCUGCUCAUGAGAGCUGGGUGCAAGGUGAAGGAUGUCUGGCUCACAUCACAGAAACUUCCACUAGUUAUGAUGAACAAUCAAAGUUUGUUGCAGUGGGUAGAAAGCUACUUCUAUUCCGUGCCUUCCUUGAUGCAUUUGACAAGAGUCUGUAUACGAGAGAUCCUCGGACCAGAUAUUCAGCCCAAACUUCAGCAGUUAUCACAGCAAGAACUGUUGCCAAGGAGAGUUUUAGACUAUCUCUUACUAGAAGACCUUUUGGAAGACACUUUCUGAGAAAUGUUAGAACUGGUUGGGGUACAGUAUACAGUACAAUGAUUGUGAAAAACCUGUUCAUGUUGAUCAGAUUUUCUUAAAAUGUAAAAUGUCUUUUUGCAAUAUAUACUUAUCAGAUACAUUGUGGAAGGAGUUAUAUAAGAAUCAUCAUGAUCAUAUAUUUGUUUAGGCCACAAGAAAUUUCUUAAUUUUUUUCAAUGAUUUUCUAAUCAGAUACAGAUGACUCUAUUAACAUGAUUAAGAUGCUUAAUUACCCCACUUGCCAAAACAGGGCGGUGGGGUAGCCUAUUGGUUAAAGUGUUGGCUCGUAACGCCCAAAAGCUGGGUUCGAUUCCCCACAUGGGUACAAUGAGUAAAGCCCAUUUUCCGGUGUUCCCCGCCAUGAUAUUGCUGGAAUAUUGCUAAAAGCGGCGUUAAACCAUUCUCACUCCUUGCCAAAACGUAUAAAAUGAAAAAAAAUGUUUCAGGACCAACAUUCACUAAGGAUUUAAGGAUUAUCUUAAGAUAACAUAAGCUCUAAAAUCAAAUAUGUAAUUAUUUAUUUUCCUCCAUUUGAUGAUAUAUUAAGGGGAAAGUGUAAACAUCAUCAGGGUUUUUCUUACAUGAAACAAAAUGCAGUUUUAUGGUCCGCUUAUAUCAUUGUUUGAAAGUAUGGUCUCCAUUUUUUGUCUUCUCCAUGGUGAUCUUGGAAAAUGAAAUGACUAACUUUAGAGCUGUCCCUCUAAGAGUAAUUUGAACAGCAAGGCACCAAUCAGUGAACAUGUUCGAAACAGUACAAUGUAAGCCAGAUGCGUUCACAGUCUCACACACCAAUACUUGAUAUGUUUGAAAGGCCUAAUGAUGUCAUAUAAUUCUAAAUUGGCACAAAUAACGUCUAAUUCUAAGGGACAUCAGCCCUGGUGUGUCGUCAUGGAAACAAUGUCUGUAAGGGUGAAAAUUAUGAAUAGAUUUAGUACAAAUCAGUUUGUUAAUUUUGAUAUGUUUUGUUUUCUUAGCCAUGAUAUAUCUUCGAAAAGACAUCUUGAAAAAUGCAAGUGUAAAUUUGCAAUUUAACAGAUUUCAAGAGUCUUUCUAUCUUCAACAUGUUCAAACGAUUUAGUCACUUAAAAGACAACCACUAAAUAGUCUCUAAAAGUUCAGGUCCAUUUCAGGGGAAUAAAUCCAAAGAACAAAUUGUUUAUGUAGAUUUAACUGAAAGUGAACUGCAUAAUUUGAUGAAAGGGUAUGAUGUAUUUGUCGCCUUCAACAUAAGGAGUCCCAGCUUGGCCCGUCGGUGUUCCAAUUAUUAAAUAUUAUUGUGGUGUGGUUUUCAUAGAUUAUAUUCAGCUAUAAUGUUAUAGUGUUGUUAUUUUCAGGCAUGUGAUAUUUCCAUCUAAAGUGGAAAUUCCAUAUUUCUUAUCUCUCCCUAGACAUGCGAACCACCCCACCCCGGCAUUUCAGUUCUUAUGUCAUUCUUCAAUCACAUGCCUUUAUAUUUAACUUCUCUAUGUCUUUGUAAUAUAUUAAAUCAUUUUAUCAUCCAAAACUGGCUCUCACAGGAGAUAUUGCUUGGGUAAGAUCAAGCGAUAUCUAUACUGUAGAUAUCGCUGCAAUGAAAUUGCAUCACAAUGCUUUGCAGACCAUUGU